GCUAGCUUUGGGCAAAAGGCGGACUACACCCUGAAUUGGUCGCCAGUCAGUUGCAGGGCGGAUAUCGACACCAUCACGGGAAUCGAUCCCACGCUCCCCGCACCAAAGGCAGCGGGAGGAGAGCGGAGAAGCCGCCCACUCGCCGCACGCGGCUCACCCCGUCCGCACAACCAAACAGUCAGAACGAAGGCGCGCGACGGCAGACGGGCGACGCCGCCUCCCUCCGCUCCGCGCCAGGCUUUCAUGGAAGGAGACGAUUGGGCGGAAGCGUCCCCUCGCGUCCGCGCCGUGGCCGUGAUUUAACGCGCUGCGAUUUCGAAGGAGUGGGCUGCGAGACAAAGUGUUUCAUGGGGAAAAGCAGAGCUCAGCUGGCGCACGCGAGACAGCUUUACGCGGAGGAGUUGAGCGCAGCCGCCGCUCCGCCGGCUCCGACGGACACGUCGCCCGUUCCCCCGCAUGGGAAAGCCCCAGAAUAUGCGCUCGUCUCCAGGCUGCAGCGUGAUGCCAGAGCCGGACUUGCAUCGGGAUUGCGCACAACUAACACGGGUAGAUUUCCGAGUGCUGAAUGCCACUAGCGUCUCGCGUGCACGCCAAGGAAUCGCCAAUCAUUAAAAAGCUAGGCCACCUUUCGCCCCUUUGCUGUUAUGGAGAACCUCAGUGAGCUCCAAAACCCGCUGCUAGACAAAAAUAGCAAACACAUGGUCAACGGUUAUGGGGGCGAGUUUCCGAACAACCAGUACCAGGAGAACUUUAUCAACUACUUUGGCGAUGAGAGCGGCGGUGGCGACGGAAGGAAGCCGAACAACGUGGUGAGCGACGGCGGCGGCGGCGGCUACAAUAGUAACGGGAAGAUGAAGUCGCAGCAGCUCCUGGAUGCCACCUCGCUGCAUUUGGCCGUGGAGGCCUUCUACAGGCCCAACUUCAUCCUGUACAAAGAGGAUAACGGCAGCAUCAAGGCCAAGGAAUACAAAAGCCAGUGCUGUGAGACCACCUUCACGGAGAAGAAGGCCAAGGAGACGCCCAACUCGGGCGGAGGGGACGCGGCGAGCUCGGAGGAACCGCAGGCUAAGGCGCAGGAGGAUGCUGAGCACGUCAAGAUCCAGACGGUCUCGUACGAGGUGGAAGAGGAAGAGUAUGUAGAGUAUGAGACAGACUGCUCCAGUGACAGCGAGAGCGAGGACAACUUCAUCGUGGUGCCUCCGCGGGACCACCUGGGCUUGGCCAUCUUUUCCAUGCUCUGCUGCUUUUGGCCUCUCGGAAUCGCAGCAUUUUAUUUCUCGCAGGGGACCACCAAGGCGGUGCACAAAGGCGACUUCCCGCUGGCGAACAUCGCAUCCCGACGGGCUCUGUUCCUAGCCGCCCUUUCCAUCACCAUCGGCACCGGCAUCUACGUGGGGGUGGUGGUGGCGCUCAUCGCCUACCUUUCAAAACCGGGACACAUAUAGCUGAUGCUGGUAUCCGCCCGGAACAGAAGAGACCCCCGCCUGAAACCUGCAUAUUUAGAGGAACGUUUUUUUGGGUGGCUGUACAGUCCCCCCCCCCCAUACGCCUGAAGAUUCCCCGGAUUGAGCACAGUGUCAGGGUAGGGGGCAAGUUGUAAGAUGGAAACGUUGAAAGGAAUGGAUGUGUUCCUCAUCGGCGGCCCAAAUCGCAUCACAUCGCGCUUAUCCCUCUCCGGAUUGGUCGGUGAGCGUUAUCGCAAGCCUCAGAAGACUAAGAACCACAAAUCACGUCUUUGCUGCCCUUGCCUCCCAGUAUCCUAAAAGAACUUUCAAGAAACACCAUCACUGAUAACAGCAACAUUUCUUGCUUUUAUGUGACCCACGGGAAGAUGUCACAACCCAUGUGUCAAAGCCCGUAAAACGCAACCGUCUCAUGCCAGAUGUUGUUUGCCUACAAUCCAAAUGUGCUUUGUUUUUGUUUUUUUUCACCCUCUGUCUGAAGACACCUUGAUAAAGCAGCCUGUGGCAGAAAUGUUGCAUGCGUUACCGAGCGUUUGGGACAAAUAACAAGAACAAGCCCCCAUAAAGUACAAGCACUCCCUCCCAACCAACCGACAAGUUAACCAGAGAACUCAACCAAUUAUGAUGGGAAUUGUAGGAACACACUUUGGCCUUUUAAAAAGUUUUUUCUUUCCUUUCUACAAGAUAUCUGAAACAGUCGCCAUGUACAGAAUGCAAAGUUUAGCCUGAAAGGUAAGAAAAAAGAAAAAAAUUCCGACCGGCGGCACAGUGCGUCAGCUGGUAAAGCGUUGGCCUCACAGUUCUGAGGACCCGGGUUCGAUCCCAGCCCCGCCUGUGUGGAGUUUGCAUGUUCUCCCUGUGCCUGCGUGGCUUUUCUCCAGGCACUCCGUUUUCCUCCCACAUUCCUGAAACAUGCGACAUUAACUGGACACUUUAAAUUGCCCCUAGGUGUGAUUGUGAGUGCAGCUGUUUGUCUCUAUGUGCCCUGCGAUUGCCUGGUGACUAGUUCAGGGUGUGCCCAGCCUCCUGCCCGUUGACAGCUGGGAUAAGCUCCAGCACUCCCUGUGACCAUUGUGAGGAUAAGCGGCAAAGAAAAUGGAUGGAUGGAUUUUCCAACCCCAGAGAAAUUGUGGCUUGCCACGAGUUGCGAUGAACUUUUACGCAGAGUCCACAUUAACAUGAAAAUAAAAAAUAAAGUGUAUUUUUCAAUAUAUUUGUUUUUAACAACCCUAGAGCUUUUUCCUCUAAAAACAUGUGGCAUUAUCUCAAAUAUUUACAUACAUACUAUACUAAUAUUCAAGAUUUUAAGCCUACCGUCUACCAUCGCUUUCGGUGAGUGGCACUUAAAUUAUGCAUAUGGACAUAAAUGUGCGUAUAUGUUGAUGGGGGAAAAAGUCAUCUCAUUUUUCACACUUUUGAUUGGCCAAAACGCACUUGAGUAAUGAGUAAUAUGCUUACAUAUAACCCCGUUAAAUUAAAAUGCGUUUUUCUUGACCCAGCCGCAAUAUCUCCGAUAUGGAGAGACCACGUCAUUUAAAAAAAAAAAAAAAAAGAGUUUAAUUAAUCUUUUCCUCCACUUGAAGUUAUUAAAACUCACUUUCUUAGUGCCUGUUGUCACUCUCAUUGGCGCACUCCUUCAAAUAAUAAUUUAUUCUUUUGAGAUUUGGCAAAGGCCCCAGAUUAUCCACUGCCCACCCGAAGUAACUUCAUUGUAUGGAAUCGUUCCUGUUGCCUCUAAAAAAAAAACAAAAAAACUUGAACAUCCGGAAUAAAAUAUUCAAAGCCAAAAGCAAGUUUGGUCUUCUACGGAAGUUGUAAAUCACCCAGAAUUUUUUGGACAAGCUUUGACAGCGUCGGACGGAGUGGGCGAUCAAUUCGGGUGCUCUGCGAGCAGUGCGCCGCCUAUACCAUGAUUGAUCGAUUUUUUUUUUUUUUUUUUUUUGGAGGAGUUGGCUAUUUAAAAAGCUUGAAUUAAAAUUGAUCGUGCAGUAAGAGUGGGGGAGGGGGGGUGGCGCGGCGGCGGCAAGCUUCUUCUAUUUUAGAAACAAGCAACUUUCUGUGACAGCAUAUGGUGGACAAAGAAGAAAAAUAUGUGUCAAAAAAAGGCUGAUUAAUUACCCGGGUGACUUUAUUUUUGAUUGGGAGUGCACGCCGCGAAAGCACAAGCGGCGACAUUCUGCUUAGCUCCCCUGCAUCAGUCAUAGCUGACAUUUAUGGAGCACAAUUAUCUCAGUGUAAUGGCCUGUUUUUUUCCAUCUCUCUCUCUCUCUCUCUCUCUCUCUCUUUCUCUCUCUCCUUUCUCCUCCAAGGGAAUGUGCACUCUCCGGAGCGUGGCCCAUUAAUAGCACAAGCACAUUCGUUUCAAUAAUAGGCCGCGGUGUCAGCGGAGAGUAAACGGUCCGCUAAAGAAGUCGGCGGCUCCAGCAACGAACGCUUGGCUGCAGCGUGCUAGUUCCGACCCGGCGGCCACUUUUUCCUCCCUGCUGUAAACAUGGAGUCUGUUGAUUUUGGAACCAUGAGAUGAACUUUGGGCCGAUCUGCGAUGCCUGUUAAUGUGUAGUAUGUGGUUAACCAAGAGGUGGUCGAAGUACGGCCUGUGGGCCAAAUGAGGCCUGAUCUGUUCCAUACUGUGUCCUACUGAGCAUUAACAUGAUCAAGAGACCAUCAAGGUCUUUGUGAGAACACGGUAAAUAUGAGCUGUGAAAAAAAUCUGCCUUCUCGACUCACAUCUUGUAUCUCCAAUUUGACAUAUAAGAAAACCACUGUGCCUGAGGAAAAACAACCAAUCAGAAAGGCAAGGUGUGACUUGCAUGGUGUCACUAUAACCUAACCCUACUAUAACAGAGAGCUCUACUUCUGUGAGGUAAAUGGCGACUUAGAUGUGUCAACGGACUUCAUGUGUCUAUAUCUCUUUCAACGAUCGUGCGUUUCCACACACCCAAAAAAUAUAUAAAAAAUCUAAUUAAAAGCACAAGAUGGGGCCAGACAUGGCAGAUUUUUUGAUUUUGAUGGAAAAAGUCAAUUACUGUUAAAAAAAAAAUACAUGAAAAGGUGAUUGCUCUUUAAUUGCAAACUCCCCUUUAAUAUUUGUUGCAUUCAUAUAAAAAAAAUCCUCAACUGUAUUCAUAAAUCUCGAUAAUUUAUUUUAUUUUAUUUUGUAUUUAUUUUCACAUUAAAUAAUUGCUUGUUCUGUUUACUGUAAAUAUCAAAAGAAGACUUUAUGGACAGAUUGAAAGAUUUUGAUUUAUUUUAUUAAAUCAUUUCUAAACUAUUUCAUCAAGCUUAUUUAUUAAAAUGAACAAAUGUGUUUUAAUUUUGCAUUGCAGUAUAAUCAUUACUCAUAACUUUUUUUUUUUUUUUUUUUUUACACCUGAUCUACGACUGACCCCAAAGGUUGCCCUUGAGCAGACGUUUGCCCGCCCCUGGUCUAACCUCGCAACGACUGACCACGUGCUUUGUGUUGUAUUGCACGUUCUUUGUUUGGCAAACUGCUUUUGUGCAUUGAGCGGACACCUGAAUGAUUUCAGUGUGUUUUGGUUGUGUGCGUGCGCGCGCGUGCGUGUGUGUUGUGUGUUUGUGUACAUAAAGAAAAAAAAAAGUGACAUGUUCAAAUGUAACGAGAAAUAAAUGGCA